AUGGUUGAAGUGUACUACCACGAUAACAACGACACCGUCGACAAUUUCACAGAGCCGCAUAACUCGGGCAAACCAGUCUCGUUUGAAGAACUAGCCCUGAUUGGAGUCAUCUACAAAAAAAUUACUACCCAAGAGGACCUCGAUGCCUUGGCUACACAACGUGAAUAUAAGAACCGAGACAUUGUUAAUCUCAAUUUGGCAGCGUUCAACAAUGACUUGGAUGCGUAUAAUGCCAAGAUGCAACAAUUUUACAAAGAACAUUACCACGAUGACGAAGAGAUUAGAUACAUUAUAGAUGGUGAGGGAUAUUUCGACGUGAGAAAUAAAGGAGAUGAAUGGAUCAGGGCCAAGUUGGAGAAGCAUGACUUGUUAAUUUUGCCCGCUGGUAUUUAUCAUAGAUUCACUUUGACUGAUGGCUUGAAAUAUGUCAAAGCAGUGAGGUUGUUUAAGGACGAACCCAAAUGGGAGGCAAUCAAUAGAGAUUCUGGUAAAGAGAGCGAAGCCAGAAUAUCUUACGCUAAAACUAUUCUGGUUUAG